UUGUCCGAGGAGCAAUUGGACAUUGUACGAAAUUAGUGGAAACGAAAUCGAAAAAGUGUACGUACGAGAGGCGGCCGACUGAGCGCAGGACUAAAAUCGAUCAGAGACUGAAAAUGUGAGAGACCUGCCGGCUUCUUCCCUAGUUGUUGCCAGUGUUGGCAACGUUGAAUGUGACUUUUGGUUGAAUUGUAAACAACUUCGGAAAAAUGUAUGGAUUCGUGAAUUAUGCUUUAGAAGUAUUGGUUGUCAAGACGUUUGGAGAAGAAACAUGGGAAACUAUCAAGAAAAAGGCAGAGUUCCAAAUGGAGGGACAUUUUCUGGUAAGGCAAAUAUACGAAGAUGAAGUAACUUACAACAUUAUAGGAGCUGCAGUAGAAAUACUAAAGUUACCUGCAAAUGCAAUUUUGGAGCUCUUCGGCAAGACUUUCUUCGAAUUCUGCCAAGACUCCGGCUAUGAUAAAAUCCUGCAAGUAUUAGGAGCUACUCCAAGAGAUUUCCUGACGAAUUUAGAUGCAUUGCACGACCAUUUGGGCACCCUCUAUCCCGGAAUGAAGGCUCCUUCAUUCCGUUGCACCGAAAGACCAGAUGAUGGCGCUCUUAUUCUUCACUACUAUUCCGACAGGCCAGGACUGGAGCACAUUGUUAUAGGAAUUGUUAGGACUGUAGCAAGUCGAUUGCAUAAUACAGAAGUGGACAUAGAAGUGAUAAAGACUAAGGAGGAAGCAGAUCACGUUCAGUUUUUGAUUACUGAAAAAUCGGGACCUAGAAAAUCGCAAUUGCCAGAAAUUGAUGAAAUAGAAACAUUAUCGUUAGAGCCGAAAGUGGGACCAGCUACGUUCUGCAGGAUUUUUCCGUUUCACAUUAUGUUCAAUGCCGAAAUGGUUAUAAUACAGACGGGAUUUUCAGUUGCAAGGAUAAUUCCGAAAGUUAAUUCUCCCAAUUGCAAGAUUACGGAUAUCCUAGACCCAGUCCGUCCGCAUUUGGAUCUCACCUUCGAGAAUAUCCUGUCGCAUAUCAAUACGAUUUACGUUUUGAAAACUCGCACGGGAGUUAUGCAAGUUAACGCUCCCCCGGCGUAUCGUCACCUGAGAUUAAAGGGACAAAUGCUGUAUGUUCCCGAAUCGGAUUUGAUCGUGUUCCUGUGUUAUCCCAGCGUCGUUAGUUUGGAUGACUUAACGAGGAGAGGGUUGUACAUAAGUGACAUUCCACUUCACGAUGCUACUAGGGAUUUGGUACUGAUGUCCGAGCAAUUCGAGGCCGAUUACAAAUUAACUAGGAAUUUGGAAUUUUUGACGGAUAAACUGCAGCAAACAUACAGAGAAUUGGAUAGAGAAAAAAUAAAAACUGAUAGAUUGUUGUACUCGGUACUACCGAUUACGGUGGCCAAUGAGCUGAGACACAAGAGACCCGUACCUGCCAGGAGAUAUGAAUGCGCUACCGUUCUAUUUUCAGGGAUCGUGGGCUUCUCUGAUUACUGCGCCAAAUUUUCAGAUUCCCAGGGAGCCAUGAAAAUCGUCAGGUUACUGAACGAGCUUUACACAAAGUUCGACGAUCUCACUGAUCCAAAAAUCAAUCCCAAUAUUUACAAGGUUGAAACAGUGGGAGACAAAUAUAUGGCUGUAAGUGGAAUACCGGAACCUUGCUCUACACAUGCUAAAAAUAUAGCAAAACUAGCUUUAGAUAUGAUGGAUAGAAGCCAGACUGUAACUUUUGAAGGUGAAGUUGUAAAAAUAACCAUCGGUAUUCAUUGCGGAGAAGUGGUUACCGGUGUCAUAGGUCGGAGAAUGCCAAGGUUUUGUUUGUACGGCAAUACAGUCAAUCUUACCAGCAGAACCGAAACGACAGGUGUACCAGGAAAAAUUAACGUCACAAAAGAUGUUUAUAGUAUUCUGUGUGAUGACGAAAAUCACGACGAUCAAUUCCAUUUGGAAUAUCGCGGACCGGUCGUGAUGAAAGGAAAAUCCGAGCCUAUGGACGUUUAUUUGCUUUCGAGAGCUUAGAGAGGGCGAUUUUUCAAUUUCGAGAUUAAUUCAUACCUUAAAUUGACUGAAGUGAUGUAACGCAAAAUCUAAUCACAGAGUAUAUUUACUGUUUCUUAUGCAUGCGCAAAAAGUAGAUGUCGAAUAGAAAUACGAGUCAAUUUGUUCGUUACUCUAUUAAAUAUGAUUUUAUCAAGUUAAUUUAAUGUUACACAAGUUGUAAUGGCAAAUGUAUUCUCUAAAUGUUAGAUGUCUGUAUUCCUAUAUUCACUAUAUAAUUUGUUAUCACCGUUAAUAAAAUUAUUG